AAGCAAGGCACCCGCUCCCCUGUCCCUCACGCCGGCCGCGCCGUCUCCCUCUCCCCCCACCCCAUCCAAAAAUCCCCAACCAAGCGCGCCCCAUGUCGUCGCGCCGGCCGCCGGCGGACCGCGCGGCCGAGGCGGGGGACGCGGCCCUCGCGCGCGACAUCGUCACGCUGCACAAGGCCCUCUCCCUCGACCCCUCGCGCCGCCGCCGCUCCCUCCCGCUCCCCGCUGCCCCAUCUCCAUCUGCCGCCGACCAGGCCCGCAACAAGCCCAAGCUCAAGCCCUCCUCCUCCUCCCGCAAGCUCCUGCCCUCCGCCUCCUACUACUCCUCGGUCUCCACCUCCUCCUCCUCCUCCUUCUGGAAGAAGUCGUUGACGGCCAUCUCGCACCUGGGCAGGCGCCGCCUCGACUGCGCCUUCACCCUGCAGGUGCACUCCGUCGACGGCCUCCCCACCGCGCUCGACGGCUCCCCGGUCUCCGUCCACUUCCGCCGGAUGUCCGCCUGCGCCUCCACCCGCCCCGUCGCGCCGGCCCUCGGCGCCGUCGCCUUCGAGGAGCCGCUCACGCAGCGCUCGCCCGUCUACUUCUCCCGCGGGGCCAAGAACGCGGUCAAGUACGAGCCACGGGCCUUCGUCGUCACCGUCGCCGCCUCGGCGCUCGAGCUCGGCAAACACGAGGUCGACCUCACCCGUUUGCUGCCGCUCUCCAUUGACGACCUCGAGGAGGGCGGCGACUCCGGAUUUGGGAAGUGGAGCACCAGCUUCCGGCUGUCUGGCGUUGCCCGCGGCGCGCGGCUCAAUGUCACCUUCUCCUGCGUGCUCGUGGGCGGAGGUGGGGAGCAGCACAAAGGAGGGGAAGUGGCGGGGCUGAGACGGGGCUCCAUGGCGCGGCAGGUGUCAGUGCAGUCCCCAUCACCAGUGCCGGCACGGAGCCGGGACGUGAGGGUGCUGCACGAGGUUUUGCCAAGCACGAGGCCUGUAAAGGCCUUGCCCCUUGUUGGUGAUGCCGGUCUUGAUGCGACCAAGGGUGAGACGGCAACAGUAGAAUGCGAGGAGGAUGGUUCACCGCAGUCAAAGCAUUGCACCUCAGUAGAGGUGAGGAAGGGGGAGGGGGACUUGGUGCACCCAGAGGGUGAUUGCCAUGGCUCAGAGUUCAAUGUGGUUGAGCAGGGAGUUGAGGUCACCCUCGAGGAUCCAGACCAAUUCAAACAUGUCGAGACUGCCAAUGUGAAUGAUCAAGAUGAGGGUUUUAGUGGUGAAGCUAAUGAAGAGGGAAUAGCCAAGCCUGCAUUACUAAUUGAUGAUCUUUCUAAAGAGGAUACCGUUGAAGUGAAGCUCGAAGAGGAGCUCAGUGAUGUUGCUCUUGAAAUGGACGAUGUAGGAGACAAGCAGGAUGCAUCGGUCCAAGCGGCCUUGCUUCCUACAGACGCAUUUGAAAAAGAUGGUGAGUUGGCUGCAGAUACAGAACUAGAGGUCUUGGAGGGUAUAUUCAACAAAUUCUCAAUUGUUGAACCAGAGGAAUUUGACUCACCAAUUAUAGAGGAUAAGCAUUCUAGGCGAUUGAGCUGCAUUGGUGUGGAAGAUGGUUGCAAUUCCACCAGUAGGAAGAGUAGAUCACGCAGCAUGGAUGCUUCGUCUGAUUUUGUUGCUAAUGAGUUUUUGGAUAUGCUUGGGAUAGCUCAUAGCCCAUUUGGGGUAACCUCAGAUAGUGAUCCAGAGUCACCAAGAGAGCGGCUUUGGAAGCAGUUUGAAAAGGAAGCUCUGGAAUCUGGGGACUGUAUUCUUGGUUUGAAUUUCGAAGAUGGAGUGGAAGAACCUAGUUGUGAAGAUGUCGCAGAGGAUUUCGAUCUCUCCACAAUCAUACGCGAGGCUGAACUUGAGCUGCAGAAUGUAGUUCCACCGAUAGACACCACAUUUAGAGCCAAGUCACUGGAAGACGAGGAAACUGAAGCUUUGAUGCGUCAAUUUGGGCUAAAUGAGAAGUCCUUCCAGUCUUCUCCACCUGGGAGUAGAAGUGGGUUUGGUAGCCCCAUUGCCCUCCCACCUGAGCAGCCCCUUGAGCUGCCACCUUUGGCUGAUGGUUUGGGCCCAUUUAUUCAGACAGAGGAUGGUGGAUUUCUGCGGUCAAUGAAUCCAGUUCUUUUCAAGAAUGCAAAGAACAAUUGUAGCUUGGUCAUGCAGGCUUCUUCUCCAAUCGUACUUCCAGCAGAAAUGGGCUCUGGAAUUAUGGAGAUAUUGCAUGGUCUAGCUUCAGUUGGAAUCGAAAAGCUCUCAAUGCAAGCAAACAAACUUAUGCCCUUAGAAGAUGUCAAUGGCAAAAUGAUGCAGCAGCUCGCCUGGGAGGCUUCUCCUGCUCUAGAGUCUUCAGGAAGAUAUGACCUAUUGGAGAAUCAUAGUUUGGAUGCUUUGGCAGCAGGGGCCAGCAAUGCUGCCUCGGGAAAGAAGAAGAAAGCGAGAGGUGCUGAUCUGUCAUCAUCAUUGGGUGCGAUAAGUGCUUCAGAAUAUGUUUCACUUGAGGAUCUUGCUCCAUUAGCUAUGGAAAAGAUUGAAGCCCUUUCUAUUGAGGGUCUGAGGAUACAAUCUGGCAUGUCCGAAGAAGAGGCACCAUCCAAUAUCAGUGCCCACCCUAUUGGAGAAAUUUCAUCUCUGCAAGGAAAGUCCGCAGAGAAUACUUUGUCACUUGGUUUGGAAGGAACUGCAGGAUUGCAGCUUCUGGAUGUUAAACAAACUGGUGGUGAUGUUGAUGGAUUAAUGGGCUUAUCGAUCACUCUAGAUGAGUGGAUGAGGCUUGAUUCUGGAGUGGUGGAUGAAGAGGAACAGUUCAGUGACCGUACAUCGAAAAUACUUGCUGCCCACCAUGCCAAAUCAAUGGACCUACUUGGUGAAGGCCAAACUGCAGACAAAAAGAGCAGGAGAUCUGGUAGAAGAUGGGGUUUGUUGGGGAACAACUUCACAGUUGCUCUCAUGGUUCAAUUGCGUGAUCCGCUACGUAACUAUGAGCCGGUUGGCACACCGAUGCUUUCUUUGAUUCAAGUGGAGAGGGUUUUUAUUCCCCCAAAGCCCAAGAUAUACAGCACCCUUUCAGAGAAAGGUAACAGUGAGCAAGAUUAUGAGGAGGAGCCCAAUCCUGAGCAGGUUCUGGAUAAAGCAUCGGUCGAUGAAGAAAAGAUAGGGCAAGACUCUGUUCCCCAAUUUAAAGUCACAGAAGUACAUCUGGCCGGUUUUAAGAGUGAGCCUGAGAAGACAAAGCCGUGGGGUAAUCAAACACAACAGCAGUCUGGUUCAAGAUGGCUGCUAGGAGCUGGCAUGGGAAAGGGCAGCAAGCAUCCUCUGAUAAAAUCGAAAGCCACCGCAAAGGCCACGAAAGACGCAGCUGGUCAGCAAGGAGACACCCUGUGGAGCAUUUCUUCACGUGUUCAUGGAGCAGGGACAAGAUGGGGCGAGCUAACAGGAUCUAAGCGGAACCCUAAUAUCCUCCUCCAGAAGGAUAAGAGAUUCCGGUGAGGGCUUUACCAAUUCUAGGUAGGUACUAGUAGUUCUUGUGUGCCGAGGGGUGGCGGGUUUGGGCCUUUCUGGUGGUUCGCCUGUGUAACCGAACCUCGCUUGAAAUUAAUGUUCCUACUCCUCCCAUCCAUAUUAAUAGACGCAUGCUUGUGCGUCAAUUAAUUUGGAUCGGAGGGAGUACUAAAGUGCCAAAUCAUGUCAAUCCAGUUCUUUUUUCGCGAUGCAUAA